CGGACGAAGGUAGCAGACUCAGACCGACUGACAGCGUCCGAUUCCCGGGGAAGAGCAUCACGAGCCUCCGGGGAAACACACCCUCCGCAGAUUCAAGAUGCCGAACAAAACCAAGAAGGACAAGGAAACAAACAAAUUGGCCAAAAGCACAAAGAGCAACAGCAACACGAGUUGUGGGAUCGAGGAUGCCACCGACAGCGCAGAUGAGGUGCAGCAGAGCAGCAGUAAACGUCCCAGUAACAGCACGCCUCCUCCCACUCAGCUCAACAAGAUCAAAUAUUCCGGAGGAGCUCAGCUGGUGAAGAGGGAACGUCGUCAGAGCUCGUCACGCUUCAGCCUGACCAAGAACCGAGAGCUCCAGAAGCUGCCUGCGCUCAAAGAUGCACCCCCGGUGGAGUGGGAGGAGCUGUUUGUGCAGAAGCUGCGUCAGUGCUGCGUCCUGUUCGAUUUCAUCCUCGACCCACUCAGUGACCUCAAAUACAAAGAGGUGAAGAGGGCGGGGCUCAACGAGAUGGUCGAGCACAUCACACACAACAGUGACGUGGUGACCGACUGCAUCUACCCUGAGGCCGUUGUCAUGUUUUCAGUGAACUUGUUCCGGGCUCUUCCUCCGUCAUCGAACCCGACCGGAGCCGAGUUCGACCCCGAGGAGGACGAGCCCACGCUGGAGGCCGCCUGGCCGCACCUGCAGCUCGUAUACGAGUUCUUCCUUCGUUUUCUGGAGUCUACAGAUUUUCAGCCGAACGUCGCCAAAAAAUACAUCGACCAGAAGUUUGUUUUGUCGCUUCUGGAGCUGUUCGACAGCGAGGACCCCCGAGAGAGAGACUUCCUGAAGACCAUCCUCCACCGCAUCUACGGCAAGUUCCUCGGCCUCCGAGCCUACAUCCGCCGGCAGAUCAACAACAUCUUCUACAGAUUUAUUUAUGAGACAGAACAUCACAACGGAAUCGCUGAGCUGCUGGAGAUUCUGGGCAGUAUUAUCAACGGCUUCGCUCUACCGUUGAAAGAAGAACACAAGAUGUUUCUGAUUCGAGUGUUGUUGCCCCUUCACAAAGUGAAGUCUCUGAGCGUCUACCACCCGCAGCUGGCGUACUGUGUGGUCCAGUUCCUGGAGAAGGACAGCAGCCUCACCGAACCAGUGAUCAUGGGUCUAAUGAAGUUCUGGCCAAAGACUCACAGUCCAAAGGAGGUGAUGUUCCUGAACGAGCUGGAGGAGAUCCUGGACGUCAUCGAGCCGUCAGAGUUCGUCAAAGUCCAGGAGCCGCUCUUCAGACAGCUCGCCAAGUGUGUGUCCAGCCCUCACUUCCAGGUGGCAGAGCGAGCGUUGUAUUACUGGAACAACGAGUACAUCAUGAGUCUGAUCAGUGACAACGCCACGGUGAUCCUCCCCAUCAUGUUCCCUGCUCUGUACAAGAACUCCAAGAGCCACUGGAACAAGACGAUCCAUGGUCUGAUCUACAACGCUCUGAAACUCUUCAUGGAAAUGAACCAGAAGCUGUUUGACGACUGUACACAACAGUACAAGGCUGAGAAACAGAAAGAGAAAUACAAAGUGAAGGAGAGAGAGGAGAUCUGGCACAAGAUCAAAGAGCUCGCCCAACAGAACCCACAGACAAACAGGCUCCACCCUCUCCGCCCUGGACUCCGCCCACAGGAUGAGUACAUGUUGUACAGUGACAGUACUGUAGCUGUGUACUCGAUGGAAAUAGAAACUCCGACAGUUGAAGACAUUCAGCUCCUGAAGAAGACAGUGGAGAGUGAGGCCUCACAGGGUGUGAAGAAGGACGCGGCUCUGAUGAGGAGAAAGUCUGAACUUCCUCAGGACGUCUUCACCAUCAAAGCUCUGGAGGCUCACAAGAGAGCAGAGGAGUAUCUGACAGCCAAUCAGGAGGCUCUCUGACCGGGGGGCGCUUUCUCCUCUGCAGCAACCCGCCUCCCUCCUGUCCGUUUCUUAGGGGAGGAAGUUAGCGUUGUCGUGGCGACGCUGCUCCGGGGUCAGAUGAGGGCGGAGCUGACGAUGCGUUCUAAAUAAAAAGAAAAGGCCUCUCACCUCUGCCCCUGGUGGCGACAACAAGCAGGACAGUGUCAAAACUCCGCCCUGUCCUCGCCAUCGCUUCACCUGUGGCAGUGUGAACACCAUCAGGUCCCUGAAGGCACCGCCAGGUCCCUGAAGGCACCGCCAGCGUCUCCCUGCACGCUUCGCUAGCAGGUCCAUGACACUAGACAGGUCAGUGAAGGCGGAGUCAGAAGAUGUCACAUUAACGGUCUGACGAGGAGUCGCAGUGAAUGUCGACGUCCAAUCAGCUUCCAGUAAAUCCUGGAGGUACAGAAGUUUGAUUCCAACAUGAUUUCCUUUCUCUUUCCCUGAUUGCUUGGUUUUAUUUGGUUGAAGUCUCAUCAUCCACUUUAGACCAAUGAUGGACGUGUUUUGCUUUCCUCUGUUAAAACUGUAGAGAUGUAGCCGUUACUCGUCAGGUCAAAGGUCAAAGUCGAGGUUCUGAGGACAGGCUAAAUCCUGACGUGGCCGUUGGAGCUUGAUUGAUCGAGACAGAAGGAAAAGGAACCGUCUGAUUGGUUUGUGAGGACGAAGCCGCUCAGGCUCAACGCAGGUGAACCGGGUGUCAUUUCUGACCUCUGACCUCUGACCUGGACACCCAGGCUCUGUUUUUUUGCUAACUGCUGUCAGUUUUUAUUUGGAAGCUACCCAAGAGCAUUGCAUGGUUUAACUCCGCCCACAUCACGGCUGCUGUAGCCAAUGACAAUUCAUCAUUAACGUCUUUGAAUCUUCACGCAGGACAUCUGGGAUUUCAACCCGCCAAAAUAAAAUGCUGAGCUUGCACAGUUUGCGGCGAGUGUGUGAUCAGACGGGGAUUCCCAUGAUCCUCUGCUGCAACACUUCUGUUUACAAACGUCAGCAACAUGUUAACUCUGUUUUUAAUAAAACAAAAAUUGCAGUUUAUUCAUAAAUGAAACCUUUGACAUCAAAGAAACUUCACUGGACUUCAUUUGUGAAAGAUGCAGAUAAACAUUUAACGUCGGAUUGUAAAAAAAGAGUGUAAAGGACAAAGUAAGAAUCUAAAUUUGAAUGUUUCCUGGAGAAAAUAAAUUCAUCUCUGUCAUUUUGUUUACUCAAAAUCACCAGGUUUGUUUGAUUUGAUGUAAUAUUACUGUUAAUAACCUAACGUAAAUUUUCCCUCGUUGUUAAAUGGUCAUGUGACCUUCAGGUCAGGACGUCGUCUCUUUCAGGUUUUGUGUGAACUUGUACGUUAAAUGUUGAAUGCAAUUUAGUGACAAAUCUAUCUGCUUCCACGGACCAGGGACGACGCCCCCUUGUCAGACCAGGCCCCUCCCUCACCGUCAUGUGGGGUUGGGAUCAGCUGUCAGUCAAACCAGUGACCAUUCCUUUAGUGGGAAAGCCCCGCCUCUCUUGUUCUCACUCGCCACGACAAAACGGUGAUCACAGCCCGGGGGUCUCAUUUAUAAAACAGUGCGUAGGAUUCAUACUGAAGGAGUACGUACGCACAAAAGCCGGAAAUGGCGUAAAAGAUAAUUCCGAUUUAUAAAUCGUUCACACGCUCACCUGAACGCAAUGUUCGCUUUAUAAAUCACAGUCCACCUGGAAACGUUCGUACGUGGAUCCGCCUCCACAUCCGGCAGCAUUUAUUUAUUUAGAGCAUCGGACCGAUUCCCUCACAUCAGUGGAUCCUCAGCUCCUCUGGGAGAUUAUUUGGAAAGUUUCUUCGUCUCUUGUAAGUGAUCUCCAGUGCACCUGAUGGCUCAGUCCCGUUCACUGCAGCGAUCUGAUGAUACACGCACAGUGUUAGAAGAUAUUAAAACCUAUUAAUGACACGACUCCGUAACUCUGCUGUUAAAUUAAAUCUGAACCUAAUUUGCUGUAAGUUGUUUCAUAUAUUUUUUAAUUAAAAGGCUUGUUUGGAGCAGAUAAGUCUCGCAAGCAAAACUAAGCUGCUGGUCUUAAUGUAAAUGAUGAAUUGGAUCAAUAACCUGAUUCAGUUCACCUCCUCACGUCUGCGUCUCCAAAACGUUCGUAAGCAUGGGUCAGAGUUUGCGUGGAAAUCACAAAUUCUCCCGUCAAGAUUUUUUUAUAAAUCCCAACGUUUGCGUGAGAAGUGGCGUCCGCACGUUUCAGGCCCGUUAUGUGCAACAUUAUAAAUGAGACCCCUGAGACUUAGAAACUUGAUCAGAUCAAGCUCUGUCCACCAGGGGGCAGACCAGGACAUCUCAGCCUAACUCCUGACCUGACAUCUGCUCUACUGCCCCCCCCCCGCUCCCUGCUGGACACAUGAUUAAUGUGUGAACUCAGUUUUUAUUCCGGGGUUCAGUUUAUUUUUUACCUUUUAAUGAGUCCAAACAUCACAUGAGUCAAAGUGUGAUUUUGUACAAAUGUUCAUGUACAGAAGAAAAUAAAAGAAAUAUAGUGUUUGACAGUUUGAUUUACACACGUACACGUACAUGAGAGCACACACAUCUACAGCCGUUGCCAAAAGUUUUGAGA